AUGACAACAGGGAAGGAGGAGGCUGAGACGACGUUGGUCGAUUACUUCGUUGUAGCUGGAUACGAUCCUGAUGUUGGCCUCGUGGUUGAUACCACUUCUGAGGAUUGUGUUUGGGAGGAAGAGAACGGUUUAACACCAAAUUCGGAAGAUCGUAGACCACCUCUUCAGAGAUCUUUUGUGGCAAAAAUUUUGCAACACUUUCCACAGAAACGGGCAGGCGCACCAUUCUCCGAUGAAGUAUUGUCGUUAUGCAUGCCUAAAGGUCUGCGUUUUUACACAGAAAAAGACGUCCCAUUAAACGUUUCACUUCAUACCUUUGCAAACAUUCGAGAAGAUGGUACUCGCAUCAAUGGAACGGUCAUAACUUAUUAUGAGGAAGUGAGGGAUCCUCGCAUAUGUGAGGCGAUGUCACUACUUCACACUGAACAUGUGCGGAAGCUAACAGCUGGCGAACCUCCACUUGAUCGAGAACGAACUCACGUUCCUCCCGGGACUGUUUCAGGAGGCACUCACACGCUUCCGCGUGGAAGAAGGAAUAGAACGAAACGUAUCUCUUACUACGAUGGCGGCGGUCAUAAUACGUUGUUCAUGAGCAAAGCUUUGUGUCUGAUUACUCGAUUGCCUUUGGUCUUUUCAACAACAGCGAUUCUAAGGGCAAUACAUGAAUUGCUCACGAGUACCUCUCAACCAGUUCUGCCUCUGGAAAGUUAUAUUUAUUGGAUUCUUAACGAAAUACCACUCCCAUCGCCAGGGACGACCUUGAAGGUUUCAAUGCUUGACGCCACAAUUCUCGUCCAACGACCAGGCUCUCGAGAGUUACCUUUAUUUGACGACUCACUGGCAUCGAUGUUUCAGUACAUUUCGGUGGAGAAAUUUCUUCGGUUGUUUGCUUGUUUCCUGUUAGAACAUCAGAUAUUGCUUUGUUCAAAAGAUUAUUCUCGUUUGAUGUGUGUUAGUGAAUCCCUAUGUGCACUGGCCUUUCCUUUCCGAUGGCAAAUGGUUUACGUGCCCAUAUUGCCUUAUUCCCAGCUGAAGUUCGUCGAGGCUCCUGUGCCAUACGUAAUGGGUUGGUGUUAUGAGGAGAGUGUACCGGAAUUUCUCUUUCAAUCGAAUGUGUGUGUACUUGAUAUCGACACGGGACGCACAGAAUUCCCCGAAGACCUUCCUUCGUUUCCUGGUGCUAAACAAUUGUGCCAGGAAAUCAAGUUGGCUAUAGAGAGGUACUCGACUUGGGAUGACAUGUCGAAAUCCGUUAUUGGUGGUGCAACACCUUCUGGUUCUCCAGCAGUCACAAACCGCAGUAAUAAUACUCGCCGAACCGAGGAAUGGUCAGCGAAACGGAUGAGCCGUUCUUUUGAUAGAGACGACGUCAUAGAUGAUGUUAUCAGUGAGUCAGUACUUCUUUCGCCACGCCCAUCUCGAGCUGACCUCACACCACUACCUUUAGAAGGCGUCUUGAAGAACAACUCCACCGUUGCCAGAGUAGCAGAGAUAGCUCGGCGUGCUGGCGUCCUUAUAGACGUUCAGGAUUUGGAGAACGAGUUGUCAUGUAAGGAUCAAUAUGCAAAUUCACCAGUUUGUAAACAGUAUUUCCAGAAUGCUCGACUCAAUAAUGCUAUUCGUGAAUGCGUUUUAAACAGAAUUGUGUGCAUGUUAUAUUCUUAUGAGCACUUUGUCGUUGGCGGGCAAGGUUGCACUGAUAGAGAAGCGUUUGACGACAGCAGGGAUAGUCUUGUCUGCUUUGACAAGGCCUCCUUUUUGUCUGACCAGCCCGACAGUCACUUAGCUUUCCUCGCCGCUUUCCUGGAAACACAGAUGUUUACAUCAUUAAUUGAUGCGAAGAUUCUCUCGCAGUGGGAAGCUCCUGAUGAAAAUUUGGUUCUUUUUGAUUCCCGCAUUGCUGCCAUGCGUGAGAAGCUUGGUCUUUCAAUGGUUCGCACGCCCACAUAUGAAUCGACACCUCCGUUUGCUCAUACAGAGGAAUUGAUUUCGAAGCGGGAGGAAACGUUGGACUACGUUGUGCCUGGUCCGCAUGAACUUGCUGGAGCUGUACCCAUGAGAUAUGAAGGCGUUUGGCCAGACCAGAUCAACACGGCUCUACUUGAAGGCGCCAUGGGGCUCAGUCCAGCGCCUAGUCCGUGGAAGCAGCGCUAUCCUCGUUUGAGACCUAAGCAACAGGAGGCAGUGGGAGCUACGGGUCGCCCAAGUAGCACAUACGGUGGAGCAGGCUUAGUAGGCGACUCUCCAGCUUUGGUUGCUCAACAGCAGCUGAAGUUUGUGGAUCAGUUACUGCGCGAGACCAAAGGUUGUUGCUGUUCUUAUUUUUCGGAGAACUUCUUUGCAGAACUCUUAAGGCGUGAUUUAACAGGCAAGACGAAACGCAUGCUAGUGGACAAAAUGGGAAAGGAAGCCGUACAGUUAGGCCACUUAGAUGCUGGUAUAACAGGUGUUGAGGAGAACACACUUGUAGCAUCAUUCUGCGACCUGCUCGAGAGAAUAUGGGCGCAUGGUUUAGUGAAGAAGCAGGGGAAGUCCUCGCUCUGGAGUUUUGUGCUUCAGCAUCAAGAUCUCGAAAAGGCUUGUCUCUCAACGCGAACCAUGUCAUCAUCUAUGCUGACUCCAGGCGACGGUCAACGAGGCGCAGUGAAGCGAACUCCGUCCUUACCGCACUGCGAAGUGCCGGCGCCAGUGAUACUGCAACCGGCGAACGAGAAUGAUUUCGCUGGUGCUUUGUCGGAAAUCGUGGAGUCGAUUCAACGCGAACUUGGCAAAGGAGACGAUGAAAAUGCACCAGCGUGGUCUCGUUCAAUCUUACGAGCCGCCAAUUUCCUCGCUGAUAAGUUGACCAACGUACCCAAAGAAGAACCUCGAGGCGCUCUUUCCACAGCUUUCACAGUUAGGCCACCUACACAUUCACAAUCGAUGAUGAAGAAAUCAAAUUCUGUUGGCGACUUCACAAACUCCAGCUGGAAUAGUGAGAUUGGGGUCAAUCCGGAGAUCGCUGGCUCACCCCGAAGACGAUCUCAAAGUCGACCGCGCAGUCCGGAGACGGGUGCUCGCGUGGUAUUGGCUCCCCUUCCGACUCACGUUGCAUAUGAUUUGAAGAAUGUUUUGCGGAUGACGGAAAUCAAAACUGAUAUUGGAUAUGCUCGCGCGUUUGUUCGUCUUGCUUUGGAACGCAAACUUCUUCAUCGUCAUCUUGCUACACUCCUGGGAAACAGCAGAUUACUGAGCGAGCUGUACAAACAGUAUGCUUUCGUUCGAUGUGAAGAUGAACGUGAACAGUUUCUCUAUCACAUACUGUCUCUCAAUGCAGCUCAGUUUCGCUGCUUCACGAACACUUUCACCAAAACAAAGAUGGAUUACCAAGUCGUCAUAGUAACUGGUGGGUGGAGAGGGUCAUUACCUGCUGUUUGGGUUACAGUUGGAGGAAGUUUAUGCAGUAGUCCUCAAAUUAACUUGCCGGCGAACACGCCCCUGUUCAAGUUUGAUCAUAAAAACCUCGGAGUGUUGUCCACUCUUCGGAUAGGUCACGCAUCUGGCUCUGAGAAACCUCCGAAAUGGUACCUGGAGUAUGUAAUCGUGCGGAACGAGAUCACAGGUCAGAUGUACCGAUUUCCUUGUGGACGAUGGUUUGGCCAGGGCGUUGAGGACAGUCGCUGGUUCGGUAAUGGCUGCGACGUCAGCUUAGAAAGAUUGUUAGUUGCUGAACCUGUAUGUGAGGAGGAUAGCACAGACUCUGCUUUCAACACGGUGCCGAAUUCCCCAGCCAGAAGUGCAAGGCGUGGUCGAGUUUCGUCUCGCAGUCAAACUCCACAGCGAGAUCGCAGUCCUUCACAAGGACGCGGACAUGAUUCAACACCCAAUCGAAAGGCGCGGAUAACGGAGAUCGAGCAAGUUCUUGGGGAGGCUGUCAAUUCUCUUGUAAAAUAUUUCUAUAGUGAAAAACACUCAAAAAGCGAACUGGCGCAUCUAUUGUGUGGUGAACGUGGUCUAGUGAAUGCCAUAGAGCAGGCCUUCCAAUUUGGACGCCAUGGAUCGGUUUGGUUGUUUCGACAGCCUUCUCCUUGGGACUAUGUCGAAAAGGUAUGUGUGUUCUUGAUGGACUUGCUGCGGCACCGUGACACGUCGUGGACGCGUGAGCAACGCGAACUUAUUACGCAUGCACUGCGGCUUGUGCGUCGCAUUUCGGAUCGCGGCGCUCUUGGAAAAGAUGCAAAGUUCCACGUUUUCGUUCUUCUCACCAUAAGAGAUCACAUGUUGUCUGGUUUCCUACAACUCAUGGCUUGGACUCCAGUGACAGCACAACUGUAUGACGAGCCUUCUUUUCUGCGGACUCACGUUCAUUUGACGUAUCUAUCAAGACUCUUGGACUCGUUGAAUGAAUUUAACUUCGCCCUCGACCCUUCAUUGACAUACGGUGUUAUGGAUGAGGUCGUCAUUUGGAAGCGGGUUUUAUCGGCAGUUUUCUAUGGAGUAACUUCCAUCAUCGUUGUGUUUGUCAACAAAAUAUUGUUAACGAAUUAUAGGUUUCCAUCGUUUCUUUUUGUUGGAUUUGGUCAAAUGAUUGCCACCGUUGUGGUAUUAUUCUUGGCUCGAAGCUUGAGGAUAGUCUCGUUUCCGGCUUUUGAUUAUUCGAUCCCGCGUAAAAUUAUGCCUCUUCCUUUACUGUUCGUCGUUAAUCUUGUGUCUGGACUUGGCGGAACGAAAUUAAUC